AUGAAUACUUCCGAACCCUUAAAUCCAGCAAAUUUAUCAGAAGAGAUAAAUGAACUUAAAAGAAUAUUAGACGAAUUAAAAUUAAAUACAAACGACAACAACGAUGCUUUUUUUAGUUGUGCUAUGGCGCUUAUAAUAUUUUGUGGGUCAAAAUAAUGGUAGAUUAAAAAAGGAAUCACAAAUCUGGAAGGAAAAAUUUUGGAAAAUUUUAACUUCUAUUGUGAAUACUCCCUCCUCGGGGCCUAAAUAUUGUCCAUGCUAGGCAGCUCUCCCUCUCCACAACCCACUAAAGGCUAUCGGGACGGUAGUUCUCCCUCUACACCACCCUAAAACUGUAUAGGAACCAGGCUGGAAUAGAAUAAAAAUUUUGAUAUGAUCCCCGUGGAGCUUCCAGG